AUGUCUAGUACUGCUCUUAACGCCUCGUGCAUCUUUUGCAAAAUUCUAAAGGGCGAAAUACCAUCGUUCAAAGUCUACGAGACAAAGUACAGUUACUCGUUCUUGGACAUUGAGCCAACUGCAGAGGGCCAUAUUCUCAUCAUUCCAAAAUGCCAUGCUGCUAAAUUGCACAAUGUGCCGGAUGAAUAUUUGGCAGACUUGUUGCCUGUGACCAAGAAGCUUGUUAAAGCUCUCAAUCUUGAUAUCGAUUCUCCAGAGGGUGCCGGCUACAAUGUCCUCCAGAAUAAUGGUCGAAUUGCCCAUCAGUACGUUGAUCACGUGCACGUCCAUUUGAUUCCAAAGAGAACCGUCCAGGAAGGUUUAGAGGAAGGAUGGCCAGCACAAAAAGCCGACAUGGACAAGUUGAAGAAGUUGGCUGCCGACUUAGCUUCCAAGUUGAACUAA